AUGGCUCAACUCCUGAGUAGCAUACUCAGUGUGAUCGAGGUGUUCCACAAAUAUGCCAAAGAGAAAGGGGACUGCACCUUACUAUGCAAGGAGGAGUUGAAACAACUGCUCUUGGCUGAGUUUGGAGACAUCCUCCAGAGACCAAAUGACCCAGAGACUGUGGAAACCAUCUUGAACCUCUUAGAUCAAGACCGAGAUGGACAUGUUGAUUUUCAUGAGUACCUCUUGUUGGUGUUCCAGUUGGUCCAAGCCUGCUAUCGUAAGCUAGACAAUAAGUCAUAUGGAGGCAGGACCUCGCAGCAAGAAAGGGGGCAGGAAAGAGCACAAGACCAUAAGUUCCCAGGAAACACAGGUACACAACACAGACAGAGGCACAAGGAAGAAAGGCAGAACUCCCACCACAGUCAGUCUGAGAGACAAGACAGAGAUUCCCACCAUGGUCAGCCUGAGAGACAAGACAGAGAUUCUCAGCACAGUCAGCCUGAGAGACAAGACAGAGAUUCUCCCCACAGUCAGCCUGAGAGACAAGACAGAGAUUCCCACAAUGGUCAGCCUAAGAGACAAGACAGAGAUUCCCACCACAGUCAGCCUGAAAGACAAGACAGAGAUUCCCACCACGGUCAGCCUGGGAGACAAGACAGAGAUUCCCACCACGGUCAGCCUGAGAGACAAGACAGAGAUUCUCACCACAAUCAGUCUGAGAGACAAGACAAGGAUUUCAGCUUUGAUCAGUCAGAGAGACAAAGUCAAGACUCCAGCUCUGGCUCUGGUAAAAAAGUGAGUCACAAAUCUACCAGGGGCCAGACUAAAUGGCAGGGACAUAUCUUUGCCUUAAAUGGGUGUGAAAAACCAGUUCAGGAUUCUCAUUAUGGUCAGGCUGAAAGACUUGCACAACAGUGUGAAACAUUUGGACAAGACUCUCGCUUUAACCGAACAAAUCAACAGAAAUCAGGCUCUUAUUGUGGACAGUCUGGGAGGCUGGGUCAGGAAUUAGGCUGUGGUCAGACGGACAGACAAGACCAGCGUUAUCAUUAUGGUCAGACAGACAGACAAGACCAUAGUUCCCACUACGGUCAGAUGGACAGACAAGGCCAGAGUUCCCACUGCAAUCAGAAGGACAGACAAGGCCAGAGUUCCCACUAUGGUCAGACAAACAGACAAGGCCAGUGUUAUCAUUAUGGUCAGACAGACAGACAAGGCCAGAGUUCCCACUACAGUCAACCAGACAGACAAGGCCAGAGUUUCCACUAUGGUCAGACAGACAGACAAGGCCAGAGUUCCCACUAUGGUCAGCCAGACAGACAAGGCCAAAGUUCUCAUUAUGGUCAGACAGACAGACAAAACCAGAGUUCCCACUACAGUCAGCCAGACAGACAAGGCCAAAGUUCUCACUAUGGUCAGACAGACAGACAAGGCCAGAGUUUCCACUAUAGUCAGACGGACAGACAAGGCCAAAGUUCCCACUAUGGUCAGACGGACAGACAAGGCCAGAGUUCCCACUAUGGUCAGCCAGACAGACAAAGCCAGAGUUCCCACUAUGGUCAGACAAAUAGACAAGACCAGAGUUCCCACUAUGGUCAGACAGACAGACAAAGCCAGAGUUCCCACUAUGGUCAGACAGACAGACAAGACCAGAGUUCCCACUACGGUCAGAUGGACAGACAAGGCCAGAGUUCCCACUACAGUCAGACGGACAGACAAGGCCAGAGUUCCCACUACAGUCAGAUGGACAGACAAGGCCAAAGUUCCCACUAUGGUCAGACAGACAGACAAGGCCAGAGUUCCCACUAUGGUCAGCCAGACAGACAAAGCCAGAGUUCCCACUAUGGUCAGACAAAUAGACAAGGCCAGAGUUCCCACUAUGGUCAGACAGACAGAGAAGGCCAGAGUUCCCACUAUGGUCAGACAGACAGACAAGGCCAGAGUUCCCACUAUGGUCAGACGAACAGACAAGGCCAGUGUUAUCAUUAUGGUCAGACAGACAGACAAGGCCAGAGUUCCCACUACAGUCAGACGGACAGACAAGGGCAGAGUUCCCAUUAUGGUCAGACAGACAGACAAGGCCAGAGUUAUCAUUAUGGUCAGACAGACAGAGAAGGCCAGAGUUCCCGCUAUGUUCAAUCACAGACUGGGGAAAUACAAGGGCAAAAUAAGUACUUCCAAGGGACUGAAGGAACAAGAAAAGCCUCUUACGUUGAGCAAUCAGGAAGAUCAGGGAGGCUAAGUCAACAGACUCCAGGACAGGAAGAGUACCAAAACCAGGGACAGGGAUUCCAGUCUAGGGACUCACAGGAGAACAGCCACCAGGUAUGGGAGCCUGAAGAGGAUAGCCAACACCACCAACACAAACUCUUAGCACACAUCCAACAAGAAAGACCACUUUGUCACAAAGGGAGAGACUGGCAAUCGUGCAGUAAUGAGCAGGGCCACAGACAGGCCAAGACCAGGCAGAGUCAUGGCGAGGGGCAGAGCCACUGGGCAGAGGAAGAGCAGGGCCAUCAAAGUUGGGAUAGACACAGUCAUGAGGGUCAGAAAGGUCCAUGUGGGACACAGGACAGGCAAACCCCUGAAGAUGAGCAGAACCAUGAGAGACGAGACAGACAAACCCCUGAAGAUGAGCAGAACCACCAGAGACAAGACAGGCAAAUCCAUGAAGAUGAGCAGAACCACCAGAGACGAGACCGACAAACCCAUGAAGAUGAGCAGAACCACCAGAGACGAGACAGGCAAAUCCAUGAAGAUGAGCAGAACCACCAGAGACGAGACAGGCAAACCCAUGAAGAUGAGCAGAACCACCAGAGACGAGACAGGCAAACCCAUGAAGAUGAGCAGAACCACCAGAGACGAGACCGGCAAACCCAUGAAGAUGAGCAGAACCACCAGAGACGAGACCGACAAACCCAUGAAGAUGAGCAGAACCACCAGAGACGAGACAGGCAAACCCAUGAAGAUGAGCAGAACCACCAGAGACGAGACAGGCAAACCCAUGAAGAUGAGCAGAACCAUCAGAGACGAGACAGGCAAACCCAUGAAGAUGAGCAGAACCACCAGAGACGAGACAGACAAACCCAUGAAGAUGGGCAGAACAGUCAAAGACGAGAUGGGCAAACCCAUGAAGAGGAUCAAAACCAUCAGCAACAACAUAAUAGACAAAACUAUGAGGAGAAAGAGAGGUAUCAAGGAUCUCAGAAUCAAAAAUCCCAAGUGACCCAGAGAAGCUGUCCUAACAGAGAAAAAUUCCACAUGAAUGAGGAUGACCAGAGCCAAGACUCACAGAAAAGACACACUGAGCCAUCCUUCUAUCCAACUCAGAUCAGUGGGAGGCCCCAAAGCAGAGAACAGCAUGGUCACCCUACCAAGGCAGCUACUGUUCCCAACCCCCUCUAUGACUAUGUGCAAGAGCAGAAAUCCUAUCGAUACUAGUCAAUGCAAGCACCAGAGGUAAAGCAACACAAAGUCAAAAAAGAAACCUAUAUGUUGAGUUCACCUUUAAUUCUACUUAAGAGGUCAAGAAUGUAUUUCUUCCUUCUAUCCUCUGCUGUAUCUACCUGCAAGGAUGUUUUUGAGUACUAGUAUUCAUGUAAGGGAUUUUUGGUUUUUUGAGCAGCAAUUCUAGGGUUUUCUGAUUCAGUGAAAUCUAGGUGGUAAAUUGGGUGAAAUAAUCAUAUCUUAAUGUUGAUCAGUUUGGGUAUUUAAAUCAUUUCGUGCUUUGACCUCUGAGACCUGGUUGAAUCAUUGAAAGGUAGAACAGUAGAACACUUCUUAAAGUUCAGAAACAUAAAGAUAAAACAUCAGGAAUUUCAAGCCUCAUAGUCUAGACUAGAAUGAAACUCAUUUGAAGGCUGCUAGGAGAGCCGAGAACAUAGAGUACAUCUCUGAUGUUUAGUACAUCUCCCAUGCCAGACUCUUAUUCCACACCAGAGGGACUGUCCAACAGUGCCUAUCACUAGAGCUGAAUGAACCCAUUCCAACUCAAUACCUUUCUAGUUUCUGAUUAUAUAAAACAGAGAGAAAGUAUAUGUCCCAUGUUUGCAAAUUCCAGGGGAUCAGAACUGUUGAUCCAUAGCUCCUAAGACCUGAAAACUCUUCUCAAGAAAAUCUAUGUGCAGAAUAUGAAUUGUAUUAAAAUAUCUAAUAAAUAAUUGA